AAAAUAGUUUGUUUCUCCCGUGUAGAACAUAGCAAAACUUGUGAUCAUUAGAGCAGUAACUCUUUCAGCUAUCAGAGCUGAUCACCCUCGAACAGUUCAAAACAGUACGAAAAGUUAUGAGACAAUACAGACCGUUUUAUCGGAAGCGAACGUUGGAUUAUAGUGAUAAAUAUCGCAAUCUCGCAAAGUUUUGUGCUGAUGUGGAACAUUUCUUGGAAGAGUAUGAGAAUAUCGUUGAGCAGCGACUUUUAUAUCGACGUGACUUCAAGCGGCAUCUGAGAGAGGUUGAAACCAAUUUGAGUUUGCUGCUUUCUAAGUUCCGACAAAUCAAACGUGAAGAGUGUCACAAUCAGUUUUUCAAAGAGUUAUUUUGUUGUGGGAAACUUUUUGAAAAUUGUGAUGAGUUGAGGGAACACUACUUUGCUUUUCACAAUGCACCAAGGUUGGUGCAUCCGAAUAUUGUUGAAUUGAAAUCAGGUCGCGCGAAGCUGGAGCAUUUUCGCAAUCGUCUCGAAGAAUACUUGAACUACGGUACCGAGUGCACCGCUGCCUUAGUGAUCAACCUGCAGAAACUUUUAGCAAGUGUAAGCCGCACACUGUACAUCGAUAGUACCACGAAGAAUGAGGCUUCCUACGAAUCGGAUACACGAAUCUAUCGUUGGAGGGUUCUCACUAAGCCGGACGGUUGGGAAUUGAACUUUAUCCAUAACUUAUUAUCGAAAAAGAUUUAUGUAUAAAUUAAGAUAGAUGAAUGAAUAUAAGAUUAUUAUUCUAGAUUAUUA